GGCAAAUGCAAGAACAAGCAGCCAGUUCGAUUGCUGCUAAUUCUCUACUUCUAGCAGCGAAAGAUCUUCCAGCUCAGCUCUCCAACUUGAGGUCAAAGAAGACGAAGAUCCCGACGUUAAUUCCUGUUAGCAUGGAGAGCGACGACGAAAUUAGAAGAGUACCAGAGAUCGGCAGCGAAAACGCCGGGACGUCGGCGCGGGGCGGGGAGGCCGGUGUGGUGGCGGGUCCGAACCGGGUUCAGGCGUCGGCAGAGGGGCCAAGGAAGAGGGGUAGAAGCCCGGCCGACAAAGAGAACAAGCGGCUGAAGAGUAUCGGCACAACAAGCGAGGGAGAGGAAGAGGCGUAUCUGAUAGAGCUGGAGGCUAGGGUUAAGGACCUGGAGAAGAAGAACUCGGAGCUGGAGGAGAGGGUGUCCACGCUGCAGAACGAGAACCAGAUGCUAAGACACGUAAGUUCUAAGUCACAUAAUACGCCUAUAUAUAAUAAUUUUUGUGUAAUUAUUAUCAUCAUCCUCGUUCUCAUCAAAACGACGCCUUCAGAG